AUGAGACGAUUCAGCAGCUCUGUCACCAUCACAGACCCCCUUGUGAAGUAUCAGUCCCUGCUGGCGACCGGCCUGUACUGUCCGGACCCAGCACAGCAUAGGCUCGCCAUUCAUCUUCAGAAAGUGUACCAUCGUCUGAAAGAUUACUCACCUUCGAUCGAAUAUCGCACAAGGCUCAAGGCUGUCACCAGUGCUCUGGACCAGUCCAAGCAGAAAGACGAUGCAUCUCGCACACUCGCUGCCAAGAGUCAUCCCAUCCGCCGGAAUCCCCUGUUUGCGCGAUUCUUCGCCCGGACCGAGAGCAAAGAUGCCCUUGCGCUGACGAGGGUGCUUGCCGGUUAUGAAGAGGCAGUUCACAUACCCUCGCCGCAGGGGCUCUUCCUGUCUGGGGAGGUAGGGACGGGCAAGUCAAUGCUACUCGACCUCCUUGCGGAUGGGCUACCUACCAGUCGGAAACGAAGAUGGCACUUCAACACCUUCAUGCUGUAUACAAUGUCCCAGCUGGAACGACAUCGCAAGGCAUAUUCGCAUUUAGAGAACAGCGAUCAGCAGUACUCCCUGCUGUGGAUGGCCAAGGAGAUGAUCGAGAAGUCUCCAAUCCUUUUCCUGGAUGAGUUCCAACUGCCCGACAGAGCAGCAAGCAAGAUUCUCAGCAACCUUUUCACCGCCUUCUUUCAACUGGGCGGUGUUCUGGUAGCUUCCUCCAACCGCAUGCCUGAAGAACUAGAGAAAGCCACGGGUUUCCAAUACACGGCGCCCACAGCGGGUGGGAUGAUUGGGCGAGCACUUGGGCUAGGGAAGUCUCGCAGCAAAAGAGAGCUGUUCGGCUCCGCGAGCGAUUUCGCGUCAUUCCUUGAGGUGCUGAAAGCGAGAUGCGAAUUCUGGCAGAUGGAAGGGGGCAAAGACUGGAGGCGGCGUGAGGCCGACGAAGCCUCAAACCCACCUGCAACAGUCUCGAGUCAGAAACCCAAUUCGCAGGAUUUCAGGGAAGAAUCGACAGGGCAGCCCGAAUCUGAGAUUGAGCUGCAGACCGCGGAGUCCACUGUUGCUGCCAAAAGGCCCAGGAAUUACCUCCUUAUGGGAGAAACGGACGAUUCGUCGUGGGAAGAGGCUUUGCAAGACUUGACUAUAACUUCCACUCAGGACAUUGUCCCCUGGCAAUCCUCAACCAUGACCAUCUACGGCCGUACAAUAAACAUACCGCAACAGCACAACGGGGUCGUACGCUGGGACUUCAAGGAGCUCGUCUCCUCCUUUGGGCCAGCCGCCUACAUCACCAUGGCAUCAACCUUCCAUACAUUCAUCAUCGACGGCGUCCCCGUCCUCACCAUCCUCCAAAAGAACGAAGCCAGACGGCUCAUCACACUCCUAGACGCCCUCUACGAAGCGCGCUGCAAGCUCAUCGUCCGAGCAGAAGCCGGGCCCGACGACCUCUUCUUCCCCGAAGCCAAAGCCUCCAACUCAUCCCCAUCCCCAUCCACACCACCAUCACAAGACCCGCGCCAGACCACCGAAAAGGUCGACGCGGAUGCCAUCCACUCCGAGACCAUCGCUGAGGCCUACCAGGACACAACGUCGCCCUUCCGGCCCAACAUCUCCGCGUACACCGACGCGGACCAGGACUCCGACUUCGACGUCGCCGAGCCGUUAAGAUCCAAGGUCGACUUCAGCAACACGGGCGCCUUCACGGGCGAGGACGAGCGGUUCGCGUACAAGCGCGCGACGAGCCGGCUCUGGGAGCUCUGCGGCGCGCAGUGGCACGCUCGCCAGGGCGACUGGUGGCAGCCGUUGCCCGUGGAGGCGCGGCAUUGGGAGGGAGGCGCGCCGGCUUCGAAGGCGCGGCCGUGGACGCCGACUGAGACCGUGCCGGGAAACGUGCAGAUGGGUCCUUCUGUGGAACUUGAUGAACCGGCGGGCCUGCAGCGCUACCGUCUUGACUCCUUACGAAAGGCUGUUUCCGGGAAAGGAGAUCAGGGGAACUCCUAG